AUGGACCGUCCCGAAUUCGGGCUGAUCAAGUGGUCGCCCAAUGCCACGCGCGAUUCAUUCCUGCACAUCAACUUGCAGCACCGUGUCGUGCAGCUCUACGAACCCACAGGCCUUGCCCAGCGGGGGAGGUUUGAGUACAGAAAACUCGCAAAACACGACGACUUCCCGCCCCUGACCACUUACGACUGGUCGCCCACGGUGCCUGGUCUGGUUGCUGUGGGCACGUCGACUGGCGUUGUCAACUUGCUGCGGGUUGACGACAACUCUAAUGCCUACCUAGAGCUGGGCCUGAAGAUAUCGCGCACUUGUCAAGCCGUGGCAUUCAAUACAGCCGGCAAACUGGCCGUCGCACUUGAUAGGGUCAGAAGCGACCAUUGCCUGCACAUAUGGGACCUCAGCCGUCUCUCGGGCACAGAUGCCACUAUCUCUGGCUUCCCUGCCGAUGUUGAUCUUCCCCCGGAUCCAGUCGACAGGCUGGAACUCAACGCCUCCGUGUCGAGUGUUAGAUUCUUUGAAGACAACCCGAACGUGCUAGUUGCCGGAAUCAAGGGACAGGGCCUCCGGAUCCACGAUCUUCGAGACCAAGCACACGGUCCAGUGGUCCAGUUCCAGACCAAAUGCUGCAAUAACCUGGCCAUUGACUAUGCCGACCAAAACUACUUUGCAUCGUCUGCCCUGGACCUCCCCGGCGUCAUGAUAUGGGAUCGCCGAACCAUGAGCCGCCACAGCGUCAACCCCUCCUACACCGAAGCCGUGGAGCAGCACGGUCUACCCUGGGGCGGCGCCUUGCGCCUUGAACGCGCAGUGGACAUGGAGACCAAUCCGGCCGACAGCAAGAGUUCCUUCAUUCGCGCCCUCCGCUUCUGCCGUGACCACGCCGGCAUGCUUGCCGUGCUCUCUCAGACCGGCCAGCUGAGGGUCUUCUCGACAAGGCACGAGCAUGUGGAGCCGGAUGCCAAGGUGGACGGUAGCCCGGAGCUCCUCGAGGUUCGACGGUCAUACGAGAUGGAUCCUCUCUAUGCCGAAAGCGCCCGCAAGCACGACAGGAUAGUCUCAUUCGAUUGGAUCACUAUGAGCUCUCCCGUCUUGCAACCCCACGUGCUGGUGCUUAGGGCCAGUGGCGCCCUCGACGUCUUACAGAAGCCGUCAUUUACCUCGGAGUAUCCCUUCAAGCUGAUACCGUGGCAGACGCCGCACAGGGGCCAGGCCGAUGGCGCAGACUACCAUCAACUGAUGAAUUUUGAACUACCACAAGCUCACGAUGUCUUUGGGCCUCUCUUGACCGAGCAAGCCCUCUCUGAUAUUCCACUAUUUGGGCCGCGGAAAGGCAAUGUCAAGAAUAUUGUAGAGAAGACGUUGGCCAAAACACCAACUGAGGAGUUAUUGAUUACAGAGGUGUCUGCACCCAGGCAACGUUCCGCGUCAUUUGACGACGCAUCUUCCAUCGCCGACAAGCUGAAGGCGUUACGGUUGGCUUCAAGACAAGAGAAUGAGCAGCGAGAUGAGGCCCUUCUGUCACAGCUGGAGCGGCACGAGAAGCUGCUCACCAGCACCAGGGACGUGCUUGGUCUUUCCCGCAAAGAACGCUUUGCCGUCGACCAUACUAUGCUCCUCCGCGCGCAGGAGGGUUACCGCUUUGACUUUGCGAAAAACCAAAACAUCGUCGCCGAUGAUCCGUGGCUUCAAGAUGUUUGGGUUUGGGUCGCUGGCGCUGAGGCAGCUGCAACCGACGGAGGCAUGAUGUCGCACCCACUGGAUAUUGGUUACAUGGGAGUCCACACCGUCUGGACAAACGAUCUUGGGAGCAAGCCUCAGAUGAGGUUGUCCGAUGACGCGCCGCCUCCUGAUGAGGCCGGCUGGGAACGCUGCCUGAAUGCAAUUAACAAGAAACUUGGAGUUCCCAGAUUUGAUGGGGGGUUAGAGACCAAACGCCCCCACCACAGGGAGAUGUGCCUCGAGAUAUGCAGCCUUGGUCGGUCAUACUACGAUGAAUUUGACCAAGCAUUGUCCGCGUCAGGGCCUAGGAGAGAUUCUACGUGGUACACCAUGGUGGCCGCCCACGCCAUAUUCCGAGGCGACACCAAGGGGGCCGUCCAGGUGCUGAAGAAGGCGAGUGCAGAGCACCCGGAACUUCUCUUCGUCUCGUUAGCAUUGCAAUUGAUUGGCAAGAGCAGUGACGACGAGGCGAAGACAGCCCUCGACUUUGACGAGAGGGUGGCUUGCAAGACUGAUCCUUACCUCCGUGCAAUAUCAGCCAUCAUCGCGACCGGCGACUGGGCCGUGAUCGCGGGUCAAACGUCCCUGCCUCUCCGCGACCGUUGUUUUGUCGCGGUCCGCUACUUCACCGACGAUGCGCUCACUGCUUGGCUCGACCGCGAAGUCACCACUGCCAUCGAAAAUGGCGACGUCGAAGGUAUCGUCCUUACAGGCAUCACCGACUCCCUCGUCGACAUCCUCGCCCGCUACGUGCACAAGUUCAACGACACCCAAACCGCCACCCUCCUUCUCUCCAUCUGCGCCCCGCGCUUUAUCGACGACAUCCGCGCCAACGCCAUGCGCAACGCCUACCGUCUCUACCUCCAGCGUCACCGCGCCUUCUUCCUCCGUGCCAAAUUCGACGUCGAGUCUACCCUGCGCAGCAAACACCACGGACGUGUCACCGUGCAACCGCCCCCGCGCCAAAUCGGCCUGCGCUGCGUCUACUGUGACAUCGAGUUCAAAACCGAGUCCAUCUCCGCGGCGCCCCCAUCCCGCAGCGGGACCGCCCUGCCCAACCUCAUGACCGUCGCCGGGGGAGGCGGUCUCGCCUCCUCAACGACUUCCGUUCCGCGCGCCGAAGCCCGCACCCACAGCCACCACCAGCAGCAGGCAAAUCCGUACACGGAAAAGAUGGUUGCAUCGGGCAUCUCAUGCCCAAACUGCAAGCAGCACCUGCCGCGGUGCGUCGUGUGCCUCGAAGUCGUCGGCAUGCCGCGCAGCGAUCGGCCCGAGCAGUCGCGCGACCCAGAGGUGCGCCGGACGGCGAGGUUCCCGACGUUUUGUGUGGCGUGCGGCCACGUGCUGCAUCUGGACCACGCGCGGCAGUGGUUUGCGCGCCAUCGCGAAUGCCCAGUCCCGGAGUGCAGGUGUCUUUGUAAUACGAGGGUUAACGAGGAGUUGGACUAUUAG